AUGCCAGAGUCAAUGCGGGCAUGGAAAUACAACUCGGCCAGUGCCGGCCUAGAAAACGCAAUAAAGCUCGUUGAGGAGCCGGUUCCACCCGCAUUGCUCGAGGAGAAGCAAGGAUACGAGCUGGUCGAGGUUGUCAGCAUGUCACUGAAUCCCGGAGAAAUCAAAGUGGCCGAAAGACUGUGGAUGUCGUGGCCUUUGGUACCGAAACCUGCCAGCCCUGGUCUUGAUUUUUCAGGUCGAGCUGUUGGUGGUCCACGGGACGGAAAGCGUGUAUUUGGUAGACUGGACAUGCCUUCACAGCAUGGAAGUCUUGCACAAUAUAUGCAGGCUAAGAGCGCGUGUAUCGUGGAGAUUCCGAAAGGUGUCAGCUAUGAUGAUGCCGCUGCCCUAGGCACAGGAGCGAUUUCGGCAUAUCAAACGCUUGUCCCGUUCAUUGACCGAAAGAAGGGCGCUCGUGUGUUCAUCAACGGCGGUUCUGGAGGUGUAGGCACAUUCGCCGUACAGAUCGCAAAACUAUUGGGAUGCUAUACCGUGGUCAGCUGCUCUGAGAGAAACGUGGAGCUAUGCAGGAGUCUAGGAGCCGACGAGGUUCUCGACUACACCAAGCUGGGAAGUGACGUCGGAAGCGAGUUGGCGAGACGAGUCAAAGCAGGCACCAUGCAGGAAUUUGAUCUUGCGGUGGACAACGUUGGAAGGGAUCUCAGCCUGCACCGGAAAUCUGAGGGUUUUCUGAAGGAAGAGGGUCAGUUUGUCCUGCUUGCAGCCAGCGACGAUAACAUCUGGGGUGUCUGGUCGAUGCUGGACAGCUGGUUGAGGCCUCGGUGGCUUGGUGGCGUGCGGAGAAAGUGGAAAUUCGUCCUGGCUUAUGAGGACUUGCACGCUUUGGAAGAAAUUCGAGACUGGGUAGCCCAGGGCAGACUGAAGAGUGUCAUUGACGAGGUAUUCGAAUUCGAGGACGCUCCCAGGGCGAUCAUGCGCAUGAAAUCAGGCAAAGCGGUAGGCAAAGUAGUGGUGACGGGCAUUUCGAGUUCAUGA